GCAGCACAGAGAAACAAAGCUCACUCAGAGAGGAAACAUGAGGUCUUGCAGUCUGUGCAUCAUACUUGGCAGCUUGACAGUCGCAGUUUACUGUGCGCCUGUAUCACAAGUUACUGUGCAAGAUGAACAGUUGGCAGAGAGCUACCUGAAGAAAUUCUUCAACCUGACAGAGGAGACUGGUCCAACUGUCAGACGGGGGAUCAGUCCAUUGAACAGGAAGCUGAGUGAGAUGCAGAAAUUCUUUGGCCUCCACAUCACCGGCACACUGGAUGAAGACACCGUGGCAAUGAUGAAGAAGCCUCGCUGUGGUGUUCCAGAUGUCAAAAUUGCCCGUUUCUCCACCUUUGGAGGCAGCAUCAAGUGGAAGAAAAACAGCCUCACCUACAGGAUAGAGAACUACACACCUGACAUGUCUAUGGCAGAGGUAGAUGACUCCAUAGAGAAAGCUCUGCAAGUUUGGGCCAAAGUCACCCCUCUGAGAUUCACAAGAAUCUACAGUGGCACUGCAGACAUCAUGAUCUCAUUUGGCCGCCGAGCACAUGGUGAUCCAUACCCCUUUGAUGGCCCACAUGGCACUCUCGCCCAUGCCUUUGCUCCAUCUCCUGGCAUUGGAGGAGAUGCUCAUUUUGAUGAAGAUGAAAGGUUCACUUUCCGCUCCAGUACCGGCUACGUCCUCUUCAUCGUGGCUGCCCAUGAGUUUGGCCACUCCUUGGGCUUGUCUCACUCUGGUGAUUCUGAUGCUCUCAUGUACCCUGUGUAUAAAUACAGAAACCCUGACACCUUCGUUCUGCCCCGGGAUGAUGUCAAUGGCAUCCAGUCUCUGUAUGGUCCAAACCCAAACCCUGAUAAAGAUCCCUCUAUAGCCAAACCUCAGCCACCCACCACCCCUGACGCCUGUGAUUCAACUAUGGUCUUGGAUGCUGUCACCACCCUGCGAGGAGAAAUGCUUUUUUUCAAGAGCAGCUUCUUCUGGCGUAGCCACCCUCAGAGCUAUGCACCUCAGCAACGCCUCAUCACAAACUUCUGGCCCAAUGCUCCAGUCAAUAUCGAUGCUGCUUAUGAAAACCAACAGUCAGACAGAAUCUUUUUCUUUAAAGGACAUCAAAUGUGGGCCUUUGCUGGCUAUAAUCCUGUUCCUGGCUAUCCCAAAAAAAUUACUAGUCUUGGACUGCCAAGAGUUGUGAGGAAAAUUGAUGCAGCCCUCUAUGAUGUGCAAUCUGGCAAGACUUUGUUCUUUGUGGGAAAAUAUUAUAUCAGUUAUGAUGAGGCCAGAAAGACUAUGGACCCAGGAUUCCCCAAGCGAGUGGAUGAGACCUUCUCUGGUCUGACCGGCAAGGUGACUGCAGCUUUCCAGUACAGAGGCUUUACUUACAUCUACAGUGGACCCUACAUGUACGAGUACGACCUGAGGUCCAAGAGGUUGUUCCGUGUGCUGAGGAACAGUUACUUCUUGCGCUGCACCAACUUCUAGAUCAGUUUAUUUCCGAUUUCAGUAUAUUUAAUUACAUAUAGUUAGAGUAUAAAUAAAAUGUGUUCAUAUGUUUAUAUACAGUCUUCCUUGGCAUAUGUAUGCAUGUCUGUAUUGAUGCUGAGACUUUUAAGCCAUCUCACAAUUUUAUUAAUGUAGAACGUUCAUAUUAAAUUGAGGGGUUUUACUGUCAGGAGUGUCAUGAUGAUGUUUCUGAAUAGUGAUGGAGACAUAUUCAAGAUGUCAUCAAGAUAGGUAGUCCACCUGCAUUUGACCUCUUACUACAGUUAUUAUUAUUGUUAUUCUGAUUAUUAUUCUUUUUCUUCUUGUUAUUAUUACUAUUAUUACAGCAGUUCUUGUAAACUACUGAUAUUAUGGUAACCUGGAAAGCUUUGGAGAUUUGUGCAAGGUUGAUUCAGAAUUAAUUUUACAAGUGAAUAAAUGCUACUACAAGGCAGUUCAUCAGUUGAUAUAUAAUUUGGCAAUGCAAUUUCCAUUGUCAAAGGUCUGAAUGAAUACACUUAAUACAACACCAACAUAACCUGUUGUCAUGACUCGUGUCCCUCAUGUCCUCCAUACUGAAUGUAUCAUUUUAAACAUCAUUAAACAAUUGGGCAAAAAAGUGAAAGUAAAAGUCUGAAUGUGCAGUCAAUGCACUGUAGUAGCCAUUCUUUAAGUUCUUGUUUAUUGUAAAUUGUACAGUAUUAAGUGCUUUCUGAUCUGGAUGAUACAGAAACAGAUGAGUACAAAGAUUUGUCCAUUUGUCCUCUAAUUAGAAAAUAUUAGAUAAUAUAUUUAUAGUGAGUGAAUACAGACACCUUGUAUGGUAAUCAUAUCAAUUGUAUACAGUAUGUAGACUAUAUAUAAGAUUCAGAGAAUCAACAUUCAGAGAAAAUGCUUCAGGAAUC